UAAUUUUGUUCGAUUGUGAGAAAGAUAUUUGCCUGUCGAACCUGUAUCUUCUCUACCAGAUGCCAUUUUCUUCACUAAUCAAAGAUUUUUCCACAGAACUCAUAUCUAGACUCUCUUGCUUGCCCAUCAUAACUUAAAGAAUAUUGCCCUAUUUUCUUUUCAAUUGCAAGAAACCUUGACAAAAUUUGGUGAUUUCAGAACCCACCCGCAAACUCUUCUUUGGAGCUAAGGGUUGGUGGUGUUUCUUGAAUCUAGGGCUAUUAUAUCGAUAGCCAAUUCCUAUCCCACCUUCAACAACAAAAAAAGUACGAAAAUUUGUCAUUUUAAAUGAGGGAUUUCCCUUCUUGCUUUGGCGAAAAUGGUGUUCAAAUCGCUGAUGCUUCGUCUUCAUCAAGUGCUUCGAUUACUACAGCUAGUGGUAAAAUUGGUCAGAAUCUCGUUACUUGUGUUUAUCAGUGUAGAUUGCGCAAUUUUUCUUGCUUCAUUAUCACUGUUACUUGGACUAAAAACUUGAUGGGUCAAGGUCUUUCUGUUCAAAUUGACGAUUCCACCAAUCAAUGUUUGUGUAAAGUUGAAAUUAAACCAUGGUUGUUCUCCAAACGAAGAGGGUGUAAGAAUAUUGAAGUGAGUUCUAAGUUAAUCGACAUUUAUUGGGAUUUAGCGUCUGCAAAAUUCGGUUUUUCACCCGAGCCACUUGAAGGCUUUUAUUUUGCCAUUGUGGUAAACCAAGAUUUGAUCUUGGUGUUAGGGGAUAUGGAGAAGGAAGUGCAAAAGAAGGUAGACGUGUCCUCCUUUGCCCCAAAUGUUGUUUUCUUGUCGAAAAAAGAGCAUAUUUUUGGGAAGAAAGUGUAUGCCACUAAAGCUCGAUUGUGCGGAAAAGGGAAAAUGCAUGAUGUUUCGAUUGAAUGUGAUGCAUUGGGCACCAAUGAUCCAUAUCUAUUGAUCCGUGUAGAUGGUAAAACAAUGAUGCAAGUGAAACAUCUUAGAUGGAAAUUCAGGGGAAACUAUACGAUUUUGGUGGAUGGAUUGCCAGUUGAAGUGUAUUGGGAUGUGCACAAUUGGCUCUUUGGUAAACUAAUGGGAGAAGCUAUUUUCUUGUUUCAGACUUGUUUAUCAGCUGAGAAAUUGUGGGCGAGUCCAUCUAUGUUGGAUUCCUCUUGGUCAGGCUCGUGUUCUAGAGAUCCACAUUCACAAGGUUUAGGUUUCUCUUUAGUGUUGUGUGCUUGGAAAAACGAAUAGAAUUAGGCUUUUAGUUAAUACGUUUUCUAUGAUGUUAUGCAAGAUGUUAUCCAGAUACAUAUUUAUCUUGACUUCGACUAUAAUUGAUGCAUUAUCUUUUCAA